AUGGAGUUGGAGGUUGAUAAGCUGGAACUGAUGUCCCAGAAAGCUGACUCUAAUCUGGGUUACAUUCAAUACAGGCUGGAUUCUGAAAUCAAGACUGACCAUCCUGAUUCAGUAGACAAGAAAAAUUCAAUUACUCUCUUAAAGGAAUUGUCAGCAAUAAAGUUUCAAUAUCAGACUUGGCCUGCACGCUUUAAACCAGUUGCUGUUGAGCAGAAAAAGACUAAGAGCUGCAUUUGUGCUACUUUAAAUAAGACUAUGACCAUGAUACAAGAAAUACAAAAGCAAACAAACCUGGAGCUCUCACCACCAACUGAAGAAGAGAAAAAUGCAGCAGAACAAUUAAAAUCUCAUACCAGACUUGUGAAGAAAUGUACUUGCAAAAAGGGACUCUAAUGGAGAAGAUAUCAGUUGCAGAGAGAUUUA